AAAAACAUGAUUUUACUCGGACUUUAACUUUCGUUUAAAGGAAACACAUCUGGUGGAUAUUAUUGAUUUAUCACUUAUUGACCUUCAAAGUUCUAUUUCUUCUCUAUAAUAACGACAAAAAUAGCUGCAUAAAAUCAAACAUUGCAGAAAUAUUAAAAAUUAUUUAUAAUACUUAGGACAAAUAUUUCGUUUAGUGUCUGCUUGUCAGAGAUUCUUUGCUCAAUUCAUUAAGAAAUUUGAGAUAUUUGCUGUCUAACACAGCAGCAGCAGUGAAUCAAAUAAAAAAAGAAGAAAAAAUAACAAAUUAAACCUGAAAACAGACAAAAGUUUAUUAGCGGUUCAUUCAUUCAGUGCUCGACUCUCGCGGCGAAAAGACAUAAAGUGAAAUAAGCUGAGCUGGUUUUCCUCCUUAAUCAUGGGCGAUUUCGAUACAUUUCCAGUAGUAACCAGCCUUAUCACAAUUGUCAUCACUGUACUGCUUUACAAGGUCUUCAAGGCAAAGCAGAUCCACAAAGAUGAGGAAGAGGAGGAAGAAGAAGAAAAUGAAGAAACAAAAGAAAUGUCAAGUGGGCCACUUAAAGCACUUAAGGAUUCAAAUGAAAAAUAUUUGUUGCCUCUUAUUGAAAAAGAAGAAAUUUCACAUGAUACAAGACGGUUUCGUUUCGGAUUGGAAUCAAAAGACCACAUUCUUGGAUUACCUGUUGGACAACACAUUCAUUUGUCAGCAACGAUCAAUGGUGAACUUGUAAUACGUUCUUACACUCCAGUCACCUCUGAUGAUGACCAUGGCUUUGUGGAUUUAGUCAUUAAAGUGUACAGACGAAAUGUUCAUCCAAAGUUCCCCGAUGGUGGUAAAAUGACGCAAUAUUUAGAUGAAAUGAAGAUCGGCGAUACAAUUGCCUUCCGUGGACCAUCUGGAAAACUUCAAUAUCUCGGCAAUGGUAAAUUCUCCAUCAAAAAGCUUCGUAAGGAUCCACCACAAAUUGUCAGUGUGAAAAAAGUCAAUAUGAUUGCUGGUGGUUCUGGCAUCACUCCAAUGUUGCAACUUGUUAAUGAAGUUUUGAAACGUUCUGGUGAUGAUACGCAGUUAGCAAUGUUAUAUGCAAAUCAAUCUGAACAAGAUAUUUUAUUAAGAGACGAUUUGGAUGUUUUAGCAGCGAAACAUCAAGAACAAUUUAAAGUUUGGUAUACUGUCGAUCGUGCAUCGUCACAAUGGAAGUUUAGUGUUGGCUUUGUUAAUGAUGAAAUGAUUAAAGGAAAUUUAUUCCCGCCAUCACCUGAUACAAUAACAUUAAUGUGUGGACCACCUCCAAUGAUUAACUUUGCUUGCUUGCCGAGUCUUGAGAAAUUGAACUACGACAAGGAGCUCAACUUUGCUUACUAAGAAGCUUUAUCUUGAUCCGAGUUUUGUUUCUUCUUUUUUUUUCUUUCACAAAUUACUCGAAUCUGUGUAUGUUCGAGAGAAAACUUUCCAAAAUAUUUUUGCCUUCACGCAUUUUUAGUAUUAGAAAAAAAGAUACUUGAGAAAACAAACGAAGUGAGUUUUUUUUUCUUUUUCUUCGGAUGAAGAAAUGAACAACAAAAAAAAGUAAUAAAAAGUAUUAGAAGAAACGAAGCCAAUAAGCAAGUCAACAUUCAAUAGCAUCCAUCAAGUCAUGUCGUUUCUUUUCCCAAUUUUUUUUUGCAAUUGCCUUUAAAAAGAAAAGACUUUCUUUCAUUAAAUAUUGAAUAAAAUUCAAAAUUAUUUAAUAUUGUUGAGCAGGAAAAAUAAUGAAAAUAUUAUUGUGGGGGAAAAUUUGAAUAAAAAUCGCAAUUUUUGUAUAGAAAA